CAAUGAGGGAGGUUGUAUUCAGUUUCAAUGUGAAAAUGACGUCAUUAAAUAGUGAGCAGAGUUCGAAUAAGUUGAAGUUUAGUGUUGAGAGUAUAUUGGCGAAUGAUUCGGUGUCAGUGAGUGAGUCAAGACAGGAACCCCCGUGUGCAGGGUGCGUGGCCGCUCUGUACAGAUGCUGUAGGGAUGAGCCGCCUCUUCUGCAGCUGCCAUUGCCGCUGCCGUAUAGUCAUUUGCAUCCGGCUUUGAGACCAACGACUGUGUACCGCCUCCCACUCCCCUCGUCGUCCCCACCACAGCAAACCAACCCUCGCUGUGACGUCACUUCCAGCGGGAAACGCAAGCGCUCCUGGUCCAGGGCCGUCUUCAGCAACCUGCAGAGAAAAGGCUUGGAACGAAGGUUCCAGAUACAGAAAUACAUCACGAAGCCUGAUCGGCGGCAGUUGGCAGCUACCCUCGGGCUUACUGAUGCUCAGGUCAAAGUGUGGUUUCAAAAUCGGCGUAUGAAAUGGCGGCACACCAAGGAGGGGCGCGGCGGCGUGCCGGGUGCUACGCCCCAGCCCCCCAGGCAGGACAACGAGGAUAGCGAAGAUAUCGAUGUGGAUACUCUUAGCGAUUAAUAUAGAGUAAGCUUAUAUCGAUUAGGAUAUCAUGAAUAUGUGUAAAUACCUAUAUUGUCGGGUCAAACGACUUUCAACAUUAUUUUCUUUCAGAAUUCACCAAUAAUUGUCGAAGUCAAGCAAUAGUCUCUGUUUUUAUGUGUUUGUAACACAUAUGUAAUACCUACUAUCCCUGUCUGUUACGCUUUCACGCCUAAACAACUGAACCGAUUUUGAUGAAUUUGGUAUAGAGUAGACCCUGAGAAAGAACAUAGGCUUCUUUUUAUUGAGAAAAAAGGGCGAUAAGGGGUUAAAAGGGGGGAUGAAAGAAGUCGCGGGCAACAGCUAGACAGUGAUAAAAACGGGGGUUCAUAAAUGCAUGUGGAUAUAAUUUAAAUCUACAGUAACACACUGCAAAUUUCAAUGUACAAAUCUAUUAUAUCCUAUUUAAAUUUUUAUUCGUCAUCUCAUCUGCAAAAAUUACCGUCUAUUCCACUAUAGCCAUUAAGUUGCCCCAUGGUGUGACAACUGACACGAUUUUGUCCCAAUUGUCCCAUGGGACAAAUGAAACUAACGAAAUAGUCUGUUGUCCCACCAUGGGACAAUUCAAUAGGACAAGUGGAAUACACAGAAUAUUUUAGUCCCAAGUUAUUUACCGAAGCAUUCAAGAUCACAGAUAAAAUUAAGACUGAGUGAUAGGUAUUAGACGAUAAAAUUAUGUCUUGUAUGUAUUAAGACAAUUAGACAUAAAAGCAAUUUUUAAAUAUAAUUUGUGUAAAUAUUCUAGUAAGUGUAAGAAAAUAUUAGAACGAGUAAAUCGAGUCAUUAAUAAUAAUUAAUAUAAAAAACAUUGUAAUGUUCUAUUAUAAAAUAAAACAAUGAUUUUAUUAUUAUGUAUUUAUUACAU